AUGGCUGUGCAAAACUGGAUCGAUAAUCUAAAAUCGUCCACGAAAACUGCUUUGAUUCACGAUGGGAGAAGGAAGAUCCACUACCUCUUUGCAGAUGGAAAAGAAAUGGCAGAAGAGUAUGACUUGAGAACUGAUGAGCUUGUUGUGCGGAAGUGGCGUCACAAAAGCACACUUGGAGCUCAGGGUCAGUGGCAGGUAGAAGUUGGGGAGUCACUUGUUGGUCCUGUCACUUCUUUGGAAACUGAGAUGCUCAAAGAAAAUUGCUCCAAUCACACACUGGGGGACACUGAACAGAAUUCCAUUUUAUUUCCACAGCCUGUGUUUAUGCGUAAAGAUACAAAGAGCAGCUUUCAGUGGAGGAUCCGGAACCUACCUCACCCCAAAGAUGUCUUUAAUGUUUCAGUACAGCCACCUGAAAGAAGUAUAGUCAUUAAAACUUCCAACAAAAAAUAUUAUAAGAAGUUUGGAAUUCCCGAUUUGGAUCGUAUGCAACUUCCACUGGACAGCUCUGCCUUAAGCUUCACUCAUGCAAAUAACACCUUAAUAGUCAGCUACAAAAAACCCAAAGAGAUUUUAACCUUCGAGCAGGACCUGUUGAAGGAGCUGAAGAAGCUGAAGGGGACGAGUGAAGGGGACAUUGACUGCAAAACUCAGUGA